UUGAUCGUUUCAAGCAGCACUUGUUAAUUCUUAACGUCAACUUGAGUGUUUUUUUUUUUAAGUUUUUUUUUCAGAGGUGGUUCCUUCAACCCUAUAAAUUAAGGUGGUUGUGAUGUUUGUGUUGGCAAUUUUUCUAAAGCCACAGAGAACGCGUUUCAGCUGCUGGCUUUGGGUUGAAGGGACUUCUUUUGUAGGAAAUGUGUGGUGAUACCAAAUUCUUAAGAAUUAAUGAACAUCCAUAUAUACUGAAAUUUCUAUCUUUUUUUAUAGGAUUAUUAAUUGUAUCCAUUGAAAGUAUCCUCCGAUUUAAUUGUAAACCAUGAGGAGACUCCAUAGCUUCCAAGUUCAGACUUCUCUACCUCAACCAACCAACCAAUAAUUACGUCGCCCAAGUCUUUGUUUAGUCUUCUACUUGUGCACUUGACUAAAAAAGGCAUCGGUUUCCAGUUGGACUCAAAAAUUAGCGAUCAUAAGAAAGCUCGGGCAUGCAACCUCUAUGACCGAAUUAAUCCCAAAUAUGUGUUUGCUUUUGAGUUUCAGAAAACUUAGUAAUAUGCCACAGAAACAUGAGAGACCUUGAUAUCCGGAAUAAGUCAAAUUAAUGACCCCGUAAAAGUUCACGGACCUUGAUAGCUGCAUUCAAAUGCCUUCAAAUUACGCGAUCUCCCAGUUUGCAAAGAGCCGAAGCAUCAAAGGAGCCAUCAUGGGUGAUACAAGAAGCAUCCAUGGCUUUUUAGUUCUUGCUUUCCUGAUUCUCCUCACCGCUAAAUUUUCUCAUUCAGCAGACACUCUAUUUCCAGGCCAAUCAAUUAAAGAUGGAGGGAAACUAGUUUCUGCCAGCCAGACCUUCGAACUAGGAUUCUUCAGCCCAGGCAGCUCAAGAAAUCGCUAUGUUGGGAUAUGGUAUUACAAGCUCUCAACGAAGACUGUGGUGUGGGUUGCCAACCGGGAAUCGCCGGUGUUCGACGCCUCUGGAUACCUCACAAUCGACGGGGAAGGCAACUUGAUCAUUUUGGAUGGGAUCGGGAGAUCGAUCACAAUAGCAUCCAACUCCGGAAGAACCAACCUCACAGUUGCUGCACUGACGGACGCAGGCAAUCUUGUCCUAAAGGAAUGGAGUGGCGGACGAGAAGGACGAGUCUUGUGGCAGAGCUUCGACCAUCCUACCGACACGCUGAUUCCCGGCAUGAAAAUGGGACUGGUCGGAAAGGAGAACCGGAUUCUCACGUCGUGGAGAAGCUCAGAAGACCCAGCCGAAGGUGAUUUCUCCGUCGGGAUCGAUCCCAACGGGACGCGGCAGUUCAUCAUCUGGAGAAGACGUGAUGUCUACUGGAAAAGUGGGGUGUGGAAUGGGAUGAACUUCAGCUCAAUCCCUGAAAUGACCAGAGAUUACUACAUCGGUUUCAGCUACUCGCCAAACUGGAAUGGCAGCUCCUUCUCUUAUUCUCUGAAUGACAGUUCUAAACCAGUAAGAACUGUCAUGGAUGUUUCAGGGAAGAUCAGGCAGCUAGCUUGGGUGGAGACAUCACAAGAGUGGGUACAAUUCUGGGCUGGACCUACGAAUUAUUCCUGUGAGAUCCCCACCAGCUGCGGGGUUAAUGGUCUCUGCAACAAUUAUACCUCCCCGGCAUGCAGUUGUCCAUAUGGGUUUGAGCCUACUUCUCACGUUGCCUGGAAUUCUGGGGACUGGUCUGGAGGAUGUGUGAGACGAGAGAAGCUGGAAUGUGGAAAUGGAAAUGGAUUCACAGAGAUGAAGAGGAUAAAAUUGCCGAUUUUCUUCUCAGAUACUGGAGUUUUGAGCAUGGACAUCGACGACUGCAAGGCAAAGUGUUUACUGAACUGCACUUGUACAGCUUAUGCUUCAGCGCAUGGGAAUGGAACUGGUUGUCUGCUGUGGUUUGGAGACCUUCUGGGUCUCCAAGAUCACUAUGAUGGUGCUCAAGACCUCUAUGUUCGUUUGGCGGCUUCAGAGCUCAACCAUGCUGCAGAUAAUGGAAGCAAGAGAGAGCUUUGGAUAAUAGUAGUACCGACAGUCGCAGCGGUGAUGCUCUUAUUGGGUGUUUUCUUAUGUUACUUGCGUAGGAGAAGGCUCUAUUUGAAAGCCAAGAACGCAUCAAGCCACGAACUUCAACUACUGGAGACAGGUACUAAUGGAGCAGUGGCUUAUAAAGCCAGCGAAGCACUAAAGGAUGGAGGAGGCCAGAAAGCUCCUGACUGUACAUUGUUCAGUUUUCCUACCAUAGCAGCUGCAACAAAUAAUUUCUCUGCUUCUAAUAAACUUGGAGAGGGUGGCUUUGGGCCUGUCUACAAGGGCAUGCUGGAGGGACAUGAACUAGCAGUGAAAAGGCUUUCGAGAAGCUCAGGACAAGGACUGGUGGAAUUCAAAAAUGAGAUUGCUCUUAUUGCCAAUCUCCAGCACAGAAAUCUUGUUAGACUUCUUGGCUACUGCAUUGAAGGAGAAGAGAAGUUACUGAUCUACGAAUACAUGCCAAACAAGAGCUUGGACUCCUACAUCUUUGAUCCAACCAAGAAAGCAGAAUUAGACUGGACUAAGCGUUUCCACAUCAUUGAAGGGAUCGCCCAGGGGCUUCUUUAUCUUCACAAGUACUCUAGAGUUAGAGUUAUUCAUAGAGAUCUGAAAGCCAGCAACAUACUUUUGGAUAGUGAAAUGAACCCCAAGAUAUCAGACUUUGGCAUGGCUAGGAUUUUUGGAAGGAAUGAAUCCCAAGCCAACACUAAAAGGGUGGUGGGCACAUACGGUUACAUGUCUCCUGAGUAUGCAAUGGAGGGCCUUUUCUCAGAGAAAUCCGAUGUUUUCAGCUUCGGUGUUCUACUAUUAGAGAUUCUUAGUGGCAGGAAGAUCACCAGUUUUCGUUGUCAAGACAAAUCUCCGAACCUUCUUGGAUAUGCCUGGGAAUUAUGGAUCGAAAAGAACAUCUUGGAGUUAAUGGACCCACUGUUGCAUGAUGCUUGUCAUUCAGAAGAGUUCUCGAGAUACAUUCAAGUGGCUCUUCUGUGUGUGCAAGGCAUUGCUGCAGAUAGACCAACCAUGUCAGAUGUUGUAUGCAUGCUGAGUAAUGAAUCGAUAUCCCUCCAAGCUCCUAAACGACCAAUUUUCUCCGUUGGAAGAACACCAGAUGCAGCUUAUAUGCCUGCAGACAGGAGGGAAGAAUGUACUGUAAACAGUUUAUCUGUUACUGCGUUGGCAGGUCGAUAGAAAGUCAUUUGAUCUUUAGACAUAGGUGUUCAUUUAUUUUACUUGGAUGUAACAAAAAUGGAUUCAUUACAUUGUAUGCCGAUGUAACAUGAGGUUCAACAGCACCUGCAUUCCUUGCUAGGUGGAAUUUGACAGAACCAAAAUGAAAGAUAAGUAUAUGGCAUAAGA